CAGGCGGGCAGGCACCUCACAUUCAUGUGAGUACAUGAAGGCAACACAAGGGCUCAAACUCAAAAAAAAAAAGGAUGCUUGAGGAAACAAGCAACACAUUUUUAAAUUAUAGCCUUGCGUAGCUUUGAGUUGGGAUUUUUACAUUUUAUUUUCCCUAAGUGAGUUUAACUUGAGUUUGUUUUUGUUUUUUUCACAAAUGACCUCCCAGGUGUUCGGGGUCAUGGUCAUGCUUUUUGGCAUCCUGAAUGUGACCUCCCUUGAGGCGUUCAGGUGUCCGGAAAUCUGCUGCUGCACUGCCUUCAGCUUCCAGUGCAGCAAUUUCACUCAGCUGACCACCAAGAAUCAGACAUCAUUUGGGUCCAUACUAGAGGUCAGAUAUCUGGAUUUAAAGGAAGUUCCAGCCCAUGCCUUCUCAGGGCUGAGCGGCAUAAAAAAAAUUUUGGUCUCCUACAGUAAACACGUCACACAGAUACGGACACAGGCCUUCUUCUUCAUCCGUGACUUGAAUGAAAUCAUUGUGGAAGGUCUGAAAAAUCUGAGGACAAUUGAAAAGGGUGCAUUCACCGAACUGCCCUAUCUGGAAUAUUUGCGCAUCUAUAACACUGGAUUGAUGCACCUGCCAGACUUAUCCACUAUAUCCUUUGUGGGAAUCGUCUUCUUCCUAUCGAUAGAAGACAACAUGGCGAUCACAAGCGUCCCUGCCAACUCCUUCUGUGGUAUUUCAAAGAUGAUACUUGACAUAAACCUGGUCAGUUGUGGUAUCAAGGAAGUGAAUCCUUUUGCUUUCAAUGGAACUAACCUCGGAAGACUAGAUUUAAGUCACAACAGAUGUCUUAGAAAGCUUCCGGAGGAUGCAUUUAGGGGAGCCACUGGUCCAAUGUAUUUGGAUGUGUCCUCCACAGCUUUAAGCCUCCUCCCGCAGACGGGGUUGCAGCAGGUAAAGCAACUGAAAGCCACAUCUGCUUUUGCUCUCAAGCGCCUUCCUCCACUGGACACCCUGGCUAAGCUGGAGAAAGCCGACAUCACGUACCCGAGCCACUGCUGUGCUUUCAACGCAUGGUACAUCAAACGCAGGGAAGAGGCCAUGAAGAAGCCAUUAUCACCUUUCUGCAAAACAAUCCAACAAUUACUGAAAGAGAGCAAAGUAUACCACCAUCAUCCAGAACUGCAAGAUCUUUGCCCCACAUACCCGGACUUCCAGUGUACGCCACAGCCAGACGCGUUUAACCCCUGCGAGGACCUCCUUGGCCCCAACCUGGGCCGCUUCACAUGGACAAUCGCCAUAUUCACCGUCUCCGGCAACAUCUCCGUGCUCAUGCACCUGCUCGUUACCCGUCGCAAACUCACCAUCUCCCAGUUCCUCAUAUGUAACCUCGCCCUGGCCGACUUAUGCAUGGGCUUCUACUUGAUGCUCAUUGCCUUCAAGGACUGCGACUCCCGCCUGGAGUACUACAACUACGCCACGGACUGGCAGAUGGGCCCGGGGUGUGGCGUGGCGGGCUUCCUGACCAUGUUCUCUUGCGAGCUCUCGGUUUACACGCUCACCGUGAUCGGCGUGGAGCGCUGCUACACCAUCGUCAACGCCUUGGAUCUGAACAAGAGGCUGUGCAUGCACCACGUGGCCACCACCAUGUUGGCGGGCUGGGUCUUCUCCCUGCUGGUCGCCCUGCUCCCCCUAUUGGGGGUCAGCAGCUACAGCAAGGUCAGCAUCUGCCUGCCCAUGGAUAUCGACACGUGGGCUUCUCAGGCCUACGUGGUCAUCGUCCUCUCUCUUAACGUCCUCGCCUUCCUGCUGGUGUGUUGCUGCUACGGCUGCAUCUACCAGAACGUCUGCAAGCCGGAGCCCAUCCAUCGCAGCAGCGACACCAAGCUGGCCAAACGCAUGGCGGUGCUCAUUUUCACCGACUUCCUCUGCAAGGCGCCCAUCUCCUUCUUCGCAAUUUCCGCCAGCGUGCACAUGCCCCUCAUCACCGUGUCCCACGCCAAGAUAGUCCUGGUCAUUUUUCACCCCAUCAACUCUUUUUGCAACCCUUUCCUGUACACCAUCUUCACCAGGGGCUUCAGGAAGGAAACGGGCCGGCUGCUCCACCGCUGUGGCGGCGCCUUAACGGUGUUUAAAAGUCACCGGCCGCAGCUUCGAAGUGACCAGCGGGCGAAUAUCGCCAAGCCAGAGAGCAAAGUUUAGGCUGUUUUGGUCAGAAGCGUGGAGACUAUCGUACUGCUGGAGCAAGACAAGACCGCUUGGAGAGGCCGUCUCGGUCCGCUUGCAAGCAAACUCUGGCGCAGUCGUGGGGCGAAGACACUCACGUACAAACAAAAAAAGCACAGGGAAAUAAUAAAAAUGGAUUAUAUCUACGGUCGCGAUCAAAAGUUUACAUACACUUGUAAAGAACAUUCAUGAAGUUUGGUUCUUUUAUGAAUUUAUUAUGGGUCUACUGAAAAUGUGACCAAAUCUGCUGGCUCAAAAGUAUGCAUACAGCAAUUUUUAUAUUUGGUUACAUGUCGCUUGGCAAGUUUCACUGCAAUAAGGCGCUUUUGGUAGCCGUCCACAAGCUUCUGGUUGCAUUUUUGACCACUCCUCUUGACAAAAUUGGUGCAGUUCAGCUAAAUGUGUUGGUUUUUUGACAUGGACUUGUUUCUUCAGCAUUGUCCACACGUUUAAGUCAGGAAUUUGGGAAGGUCAUUCUAAAACCUAAAUUCUAGCCUGAUUUAGCCAUUCCUUGACCACUUUUGACGUGUGUUUGGGGUCAUUGUCCUGUUGGAACAUCCAACUGCGCCGAAGACCCAACCUACGGGCUUAUGAUUUUAGGUUGUCCUGAAGAAUUUGGAGGUAAUCCUCCUUUUUCACUGUCCCAUUUAUUCUCUGUAAAGCACCAGUUCAAUUGGCAGAGCAUAAUACUACCACCACCAUGCUUGACGGUAGGCAUGGCGUAUGGUGCAUGGUGUUCCUGGGAUUAAAGGCCUCACAUUUUCUCCUCCAAACAUGUUGCUGGUUAUUGUGGCCAAACAGCUCAAUUUUUGUUUCAUCUGACAUCACAUGGACGAAGAUAAGGGAAACUUUUGAUCGCGUCCGUAUAUUCCGCUGUUCUCGACACUGAAAGUGUUUCACAGAGAACCCACCAUUGUUCACUGCACAUUCACACAUUGAUGAUGGUAAACUACAUUUGCAGCCACACACGGCCACCACCAAACCUUUAUAGACUUUCAUACCCCAGUGUGAACGGCACUGGGAGAAAAGUGGGUGAAGUGUUUUUGCCCAAGGACACAACGGCCGCGACUUGUAUGGCGGAAGCUGGAUUCGAACCUGGAAACCUCAAUUUGCUGGCACAGCUGUGCUACCAUCUGAAACACGCCGUCUCAAAUUGCAAAUAUUUAAAGGGGAACUGCACUUUUUUGGGAAUUUUGCCUAUCGUUCAUUCAUCCCGCCUAUAAAAUCCAAUAAAUAACCAUUCAAAAAGCGCCAAAAAUACUCCAUUUACAUUUCGUGACUUGAAUAUUAACCAAGUAUCAGUGAUAUUGUUAUUAUAAGCGCUAACGCAAACAAACAAUUUUUAGCGGCGCCGUAAUCACUUCUGUGUGUCUCUAUGUUUACAUCAUCGUGUGGCCUGCUGCUUCCUCGCUCCCGUACGUUUAUUCUGGAUCAUAAAUCAUUUCACCUGAACAGAAGAAGUCUGAGUAGGUAUUCCGACAAUUUGGUACACUGACAGCCACUUAAGGACCCGAAAAUGUCGAGAACGACACGAAAGACGCUUGGCUCUUUUCUUUGUGAGGAUUACGAGACAUUUUUCAUCUAAAUGGGAAUAUACACUACCGUUCAAAAGUUUGGGGUCACAUUGAAAUGUCCUUAUUUUUGAAGGAAAAGCACUGUACUUUUCAAUGAAAAUAACUUUAAACUAGUCUUAACUUUAAAGAAAUACACUCUAUACAUUGCUAAUGUGGUAAAUGAAUAUUCUAGCUGCAAAUGUCUGGUUUUUGGUGCAAUAUCUACAUAGGUGUAUAGAGGCCCAUUUCCAGCAACUAUCACUCCAGUGUUCUAAUGGUACAAUGUGUUUGCUCAUUGGCUCAGAAGGCUAAUUGAUGAUUAGAAAACCCUUGUGCAAUCAUGUUCACACAUCUGAAAACAGUUUAGCUGGUUACAGAAGCUACAAAACUGACCUUCCUUUGAGCAGAGUGAGUUUCUGGAGCAUCACAUUUGUGGGCUCAAUUAAACGCUCAAAAUGGCCAGAAAAAGAGAACUUUCAUCUGAAACUCGACAGUCUAUUCUUCUUCUUAGAAAUGAAGGCUAUUCCACAAAAUUGUUUGGGUGACCCCAAACUUUUGAACGGUAGUGUAUGAAAAUCCCAGCAGUUGGCAUCCUAAUGACAGCAGAUAUUGUACAGUAAGUGAUGUUUUAUUAUGUGUGUUUGCUCUCAGGAAGUCUGCAGUGAGUAUUAAUCAGCGAUGAAGAAGAAAAAAAAAGCAAACGUGUUUUUUAAAUCAAUGAGCUGUCUAUGCCUAAAAUGAUCAAAAUAUGUAAAUAAUAAAUGUUAUUAUAAAUGUGCCUGUUACUACAUUACAUAUAUACUUACAUCAUGUAUAUAAAACCUCAAUGGAGGUUUUUAAGGGCUUUGUAGGCUCCAUUGUAAGCACAUUUUUGAUCGCUUUUAUUUAAUAUUUAGAAUGCUUAAAAAACUAAAACUAAAAAAACUAAAAAAAUACAUCCAUCGUCAUGUCUCAUAAUGAAUUUGAACGAUAGGCAAAAUUCCCUAAAAAGUGCAGUUCUCCUUUAACAGUAAAGUUCAUCGCCUGCAUCUGAAAAGUUGUUACUUUUCUCUCUGCUUGGUGUAAUUUUAAACAUUUUUAACUUGUAGAAAUUGCUCGGUGAAAGAUAAACCCAACAGACUGUAUGUCCGUUCGGAAAACUGUUUGACACUACAAAUAUACUCAUCUUUAUCUGCCUGAUUACUGAGGGUGCAAAAAAAAAUGGAUUCACAUUCAAACCACGAUUCUCAUUUUUCUUAUUUGAUACAAAAUAAUAUAUAAUUUUGAAAAAUAAAAAAAUUUAGGAAUAGAUUUUUAAAAAGACAUGUUUCAAGCCAUCUCCAGUUUAGUUGCUGUGCGUUUACAUCAGCCUGUAGCCUGUUUUGACAUGUUUUUAUUAGAAUUUGAGUACCAAACAUAUAUCACGGGAAUCGAUUUUGUAAUCGAACAUUGAUUGAUUAAAACUUUUAUUAGUAGAUUGCACAGUACAGUACAUAUUCUGUACAAUUGACCACUAAAUGGUAACACCCGAAUACGUUUUUCAACUUGUUGAAGUCGGGGUCCACGUUAAUCAAUUCAACAGUCACCCCUAAAUUUGCAAUCGAACCGAAUUGUAGGUUGUUGUAAGAUUCAUAUCCCUCCCGAUUAUAGAAUAUAAUAGAAUAGAAAGUACUUUAUUGGUCCCUGGGGGAAAUUCAGUAUAAACCGCAUCAAGCCAGAUUAAAAAUAAGUCAAAUAAAAUACCAAAAUUACUUAAAAUAUUUUUGCUCCUCACUGGAAUUCAUGCACCUGCACAUGUGUAUCAAUCCGAGCAAUGCAGAAAUAUUUCACAUCAGUACAAUCGUUCAACAAAUAGCAAUUUUGGGGGGAUUUUGUCAUUUAAUAUACUGUGCAUGUUUCACACUACAAACUAUUAAACACUCUAAUGUACAAUUUAUUAGGUUAUGAAUGAAUUUGAAGAUUUUGAAGGGGACGGUGUGCCGCGGUUGGUAGAGUGGCCGUGCCAGCAACCUGAGGGUUCCUGGUUCGAUCCCCACCUUCUACCAACCUAGUCACGUCCGUUGUGUCCUUGAGCAAGACACUUCACCCUUGCUCCCGAUGGAUCCUGGUUAGCGCCUUGCAUGGCAGCUCCCUCCAUCAGUGUGUGAAUGUGUGUGUGAAUGGGUGAAUGUGGAAAUAGUGUAUAGCUAUACGGGUAUUUACCAUUUACAAAAUGUUUAAAGUCAAGUGCCACAAGGCAUGCUGGGAGCACUUUUGGCUUCCCAGCAAAAAAUUUAAAAAAAACAACCUAAAAUAGAUUUGCUUGCAGUGUACAAAAAUACAAAAAAAUACAACAUAUAUAACGUUAUUUGUAAAAUGAUUGUACUCACGUCAAAGAUUUCUUCAAAGUGCAAUUACGUUUCCGCAGUGCAUGUGCCUCACAAUACGAAGGUCCUGAGUAGUCCUGAGUUCAAUCCGGGCUCUUUUUGUGUGGAAUUUGCAUGUUCUCCCCAUGUCUGCGUGGGUUCCCCCCCGAGUACUCGGGCUUUCUCCCACCUCCAAAGACAUGCACCUGGGGAUAGGUUGAUUGGCAACACUAAAUUGGCUCUAGUGUGUGAAUGUGAGUGUGAAUGUUGUCUGUCUAUCUGUGUUGGCCCUGUGAUGAGGUGGCGACUUGUCCAGGGUGUACCCUGCCUUCCGCCCGAAUGCAGCUGAGAUAGGCUCCAGCACCCCCCGCCACCCCAAAAGGGACAAGCGGUAGAAAAUGGAUGGAUGGCAUUCCUUUAAAUAAUACACACGGGCAGAUGCAGGGGGCCAAUGAAUUCCAAUGGGGGUGCAUGUCAUGCCAGAACGCUGGGUUAAGUAAAAUCGGAUAUUUUUGCCUAUUUAAAGAAGUAUAUUUCCUAUUCUAGUACAUAUUAUUGUAAACGCUCCAAUUAUCGACAAGGCGUUUAUUGACCUAAAUGGUGAAGGCAUUAAUUAGAAGCAGGCGAUAACUGGAGAAUGGUUGUUAGUUCUGAUAUUUAAAAACUAAUUGAUAGUAUGGCAAUAUGGACACGGGACACAAUGAUUGGAUGGACUACAAUAUUGGGGAAAUGUGCCAGGACGGCGUGGCUCGGCUGGUAGAGCUGCCACGCCAGCAACUUGCGGGUUCCAGGCUCGAUCCCCGCUUCCGCCAUCUUAGUCACUGCCGUUGUGCUCUUGGGAAAGACACUUUACCCACCAGUGCCACCCACACUGGUUUAACUGUAGCUUAAAGAUGUAGAGAAAAGCGCUAUAUAAAUAUAAUUCACUUCACCAAACAAGCAAGUGUUAAUCCAGUGGAUGGCAGAAGUGACACGGGGUUGGUUCACAGCGCACUGCAGAACAGGUGGCUAACGGGUAAUGAAAAUAAAAUAAUGGUAAUACAACUUGGGUAGGAUGUAAAUAUGUAUAAGUUUUGUUCAUUUCUGCAAAGGUGUAUAUUUGCACUGCAGUGUGUGAUCUACUGUAUGUGUAGAAACUACUUGGGUUACAUAAAAAUUCAUAAUUAUUUAUAACUUAUUUUUUAUAUUAUGAUUUGUAGUGCAUUAGAAGGUAGAAAGGAAAACCGAACAAAUGUAUCAACAAUUCCAUUGCGCAAUAGAGCAGCAACAUAGCCAAAGUUGCGAGGGGGAUAAGCGGCCAACUGCUUCGUCAGCAUUAUGUAAUGCCACUGAUGACAUCAUUGCAAACAAGUGUAACACGCAUGAGUUCCACACUAACAGUUAAAGUGCAUGCAGAGGUAGACAAACUGCUUAUGACAUCAGAAGGUUGCCUACAGCCACAGGCGUUAUUGCCCAUGUUUUUUUACACAUCAUUUACUGACCCCAGUGGUGUUUUGUAUUGUAGACGAUACACACGGUGACUAUAGUAGUUCAUUAAAUAGACAUUAAUUGCAGCUGAGAUAGGCUCUAGCACCCCCCGCGACCCCAAAAGGUGCAAGCGGUAGAAAAUGGAUGGAUGGAUGGAACAUUUACGGUACUUAAGAUAAUUGGUCAAACUGUUGUGAAAAAAAACUUGUUUGUGCACAAACUGAAAUCUAAGUAAGAUUAAAUAUCUCAAAUAAGGGUGAUAUUUGCUUAUUUUCUGUCUGAUAAGAUCAUUCUUCUUACUAAGCAAAUUUUAUGUUAGAGUGUUUUACUUGUUUUAAGGGUUUUGGUCCUAAAUUAUCCCGGUAAGAUAUUACAGCUUGUAGCUGACAUUUUAUGAUCUAUAUUGAGUAAAACAUGCUUGAAACUAGAAUAUCAACUGUUGCAAAGCUGUCAUCAAGACUCACAAGUAUAAAACAACUUUUUUAAAGUAAUCAUUUCUUGCUUCAAGCAUGACAAAAAAAAUCAUGAUGCCGAGCGCAUAUUAUGUCAAGAUAAUGGCACUAGCAUUUACCUCAUAUAAGAAUAUUUUUCAACAUAUUGAGCAAAAAUUUCUUUUUUUUUCUACCAAGAAAAGUGCACUUGUUAUUAGUGCGAAUAAACUUAUUUUAAGGUAUUUUUGGGUUCAUUGAGGUUAGCUAAUUGUACUUGUUUUGGAAAGUCUUGACAAGCCGAAUUUUCUUGUUCUAUUGUCAGAUAAUUUUGCUUAGUUCAAAUAAAAUACCCCCAAUUUUAUUUUAUUUCUUGUUUUUGAACACUGACUUUUUGCAAUGUGAAAAAUUCAUAUAUAUAUUUUUUUUUACUUUCACUUUUUUACAAUUCGAGUUACAUAGUUUAUUUUAUUCAACAUGUACUGUAUAAUUACCUGGCUGGACCAGAGUAUUGUAAUACAAGUGCCAACACAGCUUUAGCUUCUUUAGGAGUUGCACACUAUUUUUGUCCUGAAUUACAUGAUUUAGUAUUUCUUUUAACGCUUUGGCCAGGUUGAAUAGACGGCCUGAGUCAUAUGCAGGAUUUCCUGCAGAAGAUUUGCACAAUAAGUUUGUUUCAAAGUGAGCCUUGUCUGUCAGUACUUGAUGUCUUUAAACUGCAUAUGUUUCAGUGUAUUUGUGCACAUGUAAUGUACUGGUAAUUUUUUUUUUUACCACAUCCCUCCUUGCGUGUUUGCUAUGCUAUUCUGUUCUAAUGCAUGCUAUUCAAUAGAUACAGCAGUCAUCAGUGCAUUUCCCCAGUAAUAAUUAUAUAAUGAAUGUAUGUUUUGCUAAAAAGGUCUUAGAUUUGAUAUUUUGUGCAUAUUUUAGUAUAAUUGCUGUUUAUUUUGCACUCAUUCAAACUUUUGUAGACUGU